AUGAAGACAACGUCGCAACUACCGUGCAGCGUCGAUCCAAUCAGGGCGAGCUCUAAUGCUCCUCAAUCUCCCAAUCAAUCUGUUCUCUAUAGAGAUAGAGAUCAUGUGGGAGAUGAGGAAAAUGCUAUCGACACUCCACGGCCGAAGGAGCUGUCCAAGACCCCAACAAAUGUGAGCAAUCUUGAGGCCUUGACUACUCGAGGUUUGACACUCAUUCGGACGAGGGAAUCAGGAAAGAACUUGGGCCCCCCUCCGGACGGCGGCUUCGGCGCAUGGUUCCAAGUGGCCCUUGCCCAUUUUGUUAUCUUCAAUACCUGGGGCUAUAUCAACAGCUUUGGCGUCUUUCAAGACUACUAUACUCAGACCCUGAAGCGGCCGCCCUCUGAUAUAUCCUGGGUUGGCAGUAUUCAGAUCUUUCUACUGUUCUUCAUAGGGACUUUCUCGGGACGUGCCACCGACGCCGGAUACUUCAAAGUCAUCCUGAUUCUCGGGGCCAUACUCGAGCUAUUUUGCAUCUUCAUGACUUCCCUGUGCACUCAGUACUGGCAACUGUUUCUGGCACAGGGGAUCGGCCAAGGGAUUGGCUGCGGGCUCAUGUUUUGCCCGACUAUUGCUUUGAUUCCGACGUACUUUACCCAGAAACGAGCCAUCGCGAUUGGCAUAACAGCCUCGGGAUCGGCCACAGGAGGGCUGGUCUUUCCGGCAAUAGUCAUGCGGCUUCUACCCCAAAUUGGGUACGGAUGGACGGUACGAACGUUGGGCUUCAUCUCGCUAGCCACGUUGACACCUUGCUUGAUCUUUCUUCAGCAAAGGCUGCCGCCCCGUCGUAGUGGACCACUGAUCGAAUUGAAAGCCUUCCGGAAGACUUCCUAUGCGCUUUUUGCGCUGGGAAUGUUCCUGAACUUUUGGGGUCUCUACGUGGGAUUCUUCUAUAUCAGCAGCUUUGCGCAAGACAUCGUCGGCGUCUCGGAGUCUACCUCGAUUGAUGUGCUCCUGGUGAUGAACGGGGUGGGCCUGGUGGGUCGCUUGAUCCCCAACCUACUGGCGGACUGGUACACAGGUCCGUUGAAUAUGCUCAUCCCCUUCAGCCUGAUAACUGGGGUCGUGGCCUAUUGCUGGGCGGUGGUAGGGAGCUAUAGAGGCCUGUACGCUUUCAGUGCCUUCUAUGGGCUUGCAGCGGCCGGCAUUCAAUCCUUGUUCCCCGCCACAUUAAGUACAUUGACGACCGACUUGAAGAAGACAGGGGUUCGCAUGGGGAUGGUAUUGAGUGUGGUGGCAGUGGCCGCCCUCAUUGGCACGCCUAUCGCAGGAGCUCUGGUAGAUCGGGACGGCGGACAAUAUCUAUACGCACAGAUGUUCAUGGGAAGUGCCAUCCUGGCGGGCACAUUGACUUUGAUUGCAGCGCGCACAAGCAAAUUAGGUCUGUCCUGGCAACGCGCUUGA